GCGUAGCUGGUCUCGCUGCUGGCGAAUGGAUCAAGAGUCUGCGCGAGCUCAUCGGAGCCUCUUCGUGCUCAGCUUGCCCGAAGUUCUCGCUGUCAUUCUGGAGACAUGGAGCGGAGCUGGUGCUCUUGCAAUCUGCUCUGGUCUCUACUUCGGGGAGGUGAUCCGCUGCCCGAACCUCUGCGCCAGCUUCGGUUCUUCAUCAUUAUCUCGCCGCCUGUUGAUGUACUUCGUCUUUCGUCAAGGCCAGCACACGUCAACUUCCAGCGCUACACCAUUCUUGGGUCGGACGUCGCGAUCACAAGUGACAGGGAGGAUGGUUAUCUGUAUCGGACACAGCGAGCACAAUGUCCAAAGGUAAGCCGUCGCCGGCGAAUGCAGACCCACCAAUGUCAUUUCCAUCGACGACAAACUACGGUAAAGAGGCAGCAAUGCAGUUCUCGAUUGUGCCAUGUCAAUGCAUUCAAGCGCAAAUCCCUAGAUAAUCUACAAUUGGGACAGCUGGACUGCUAGAUGUGGUAUGAGUUUGAUCCGGUUUUGCAAGAUUGGGGAUGUGUGAUGGAAAAUAGCCGGGUGGUUGCAAGGUAUACUUCUCAUCCCCACACCACCAAAAUCGAAAAGUGCCCUUUAUAUCUUUCG